AUGGGCCCAGCACCUCCGCCAGAGCUGGUGCGCCGCACCAUCGAGGCGUGUCGCGUUGCUCUUCAAGAGGUUCGCCGCAGCGUUGACUCGACAGUCACAAACGCCGCAGUGAAGGCGGAACUCCGACGUGGAGUGCGCGCUGCGGAGUCAGCGCUGAACACGGCCGAGCAGCUCCUUACAGCGUCGUUGCACCGCAGCGGCGCUUCCAGGAGGACUUCGGCUUCCGCGCCGACACUCCACGUUAGAGAGGACACCGCUACGCUGUCGGCGACUACGGUCGCACAGCUGGCAACCAAUGCCGUUGGCUCGCCAGUGCUCCAGAGCAGCAUUGCCUCACGGGACGACAACACGAGCAGGGAGGAGAGGCACUUAUCCAACUCGUCUCUUAGGGGUGGGGGGACGGUCAGUGCAACGCGACCUGUUGGCACGGCGAUGGACCCAGCCGGCAGCCCACAGCUCUGCACCACAUUACAGGACGCCGUCAUCUGGAGCUACCUGCUCAGCACCUUCUUCUGGAAGCGGCGGAAACUGACAAAAUGUAGUAUCACCGCCCUGGAGCUGCUGCUGCGCGUCGUGCCGGUGCCAUCAGAAGCUGUCACUCUCAUCGUGGACCUGGCAGCGAUGGGCCCCGAGGGCAAUGUUGGCGGCGAUGGCGUGCUCGAAGGGGGCCCCGUGUCGCGCCGGUCGAGCCACGUACGUCUUUACGUUGCCGCCGGCGUGUACUACGCGCUGUCUGAGUGCGUACUGCAGAGCUUUUCUGAGCCAGCCGUUCAGAUACGCGCGUUGCGUCUGCUCAGUGAGUUAAUCACUAGAAUCCCCGGCUCACCACGCUGGAGCGGGGUCGGAGCGGGCAGUGCAGGACACGAAGUAGAGGCCAAUGGCUCCAUUGUGCGUAGCUCCGAGAGUGUCACCGUGGAUAUGGUGACGUGUUUCCGCGGGCGCAUUGCGAUGCGAGUCGUCGAGUCCUGCUUCAAGGCUGCAGCAGAGGGGAUGCAGGACUCUGUGCGGUGCGAGGGCCGCGUGGCGCUCCACGCAGCCGUGCAGCGCGUUGUGUACAACUUCGUCAAAAUGCGGAUGUACAAAGGGAAAGUCAGCGACCCCGAUGGCUGCGCCGAGGCACGCGCGGCCUUCUCGACUGAUACCAUCCUCUCCGACUACACAGUUGAUGUUGAUAGCAACGAACCCUAUACCCGGAUCAACUUCGUGCCUUCUGACAAGGCGGAGGUCAGGUUACCGACUGGAGUCCUCACCGGCACCCUCCCGAUUGUACCGGCUGCCACUGCAGCGACGCUCCACGUUGGCGGCCAGACUUGCAGCGUCGCCGCCACGCAGCUGCAGCGAGACGAGGAAGGAGGCUCCAAGAGCGGCAGGGAGCCGACCGCCGCCCCAUCGCCGCUGUCCGUGGAGCAGUUGCGGUGCUCAGGUGAUGAGAACAGCGGCGUUGUGUGUGUCUCGGACGCCCAGGCGCCAUCACCAAUGCACUUAGUGUCCCGUGAGACUCCCACGUUGUCUGCGCAGCUCAUAAGCGAAGGGUCAUGCCUCAAUGAAGGUGAUUCAGGCUUGUUACAGUCUCCGGCACGAUCACAGCCUCCUGGCACUGCAGCUGCCAACAUCGCUACGUCGUCUUUGCUCGACGUCCCACCAUCGCCUCCCCCGCUGAACCUUUCCUUUGACCCACAUAAAUUCUUCCCCAAUAGUGUUGAUGAGUCUCUCGUGCUGGAUGCGUUAUCGACGCUGAACGCCGCUGAUGGUGCCCUUCCAAGUUCGCUGAAGGACCUGCUGAUGGUGCUGCGCCGCAUGUGCCGGCACGCGUCACACCCGUGUAGCGGCACUCUGAGCGACGCGAGCAAUGACGUGCGAGCGCGCGAUCUGGGGUUGUGGGUGCUUGAGUGUGUGCUGGACGGCCUUCCCGUGGCGAACUGCGAGCGGGAGCACCGCUGUGCAAAGUGGAUGUCUCUGGUGCUGCAUGCUUGCAAGUACGAGCUGCUGGGUUGCAUCGUCAAGAACCUGGCUAUGGCGACUCCGUUCACACUUUUUGAGCGAGCUGUGCACCUGCUCGGGAUGCUGUUACGCAAGUUGCACUACCACAUGGCGCGCGAGCUGCACACGCUGCUGGGAGCCUUUCUUCUUCCGCUGAUGGCUUCGCAGUACGCUGGGUUCCGUCAGAAGUACGUGGUGCUGUCCAUGAUAAAGCAGCUCUUUGCAGUACCGCACCUGUGCAUCGCAUUCUUCAUAAACUACGACUGCAGCCCCGCCUUCGACCCUGGCGCCGAGUACGGCGGCAUGUUAGAGCUGCUUGUGGAGUACGUGGUCAAGAUGACCUUCCUCGAUCACGUUGACGAGAACGGUGACGUCUACCCGUGGCUUUCAUUCGAUCAACAGCAGCUGCUCCGCAGCGAGUGCGUGGUAGUUAUUUGCACACUGAUGGCUUCUCUGUACAGGUGGAUCGCCGAGGACCCGCGGGAGUAUGCGGAGAGCCUGCUGUGCAAUACCCAGAAGGACGCGCCGCAGCGGCAGCAGCAAGGGGGCGGCGGCACGAUCGGUGCGACUGAAUCGUCUGAGCUGUACGUGGUGAACUUGGAGGCAGACGCGGGAGUCGAUCCGCACCCACCGCUCACGGGCGACCAUUCUGCUACGGCGGCUGCAAACGGCAAGGAGGGCAAAGAAGGAAGCGACAACCCAGGCGAGAGCGAGUUCGACAACCGCAAAGUGGCGUUGACCCUCAGCGCUUUCUCUGGGAUGACCCUCCCUCACUGGAACAAGCGCCACAACGUCAUGUACCACUGGAAGCACAUCCACUACCUCCUGCAUGACAAGCGCAUCUUCCAAGAAGCCGUGCAGCGCAUUAACGCGGGCCGCUGGAGGGAGGCAAAGGAAUUCCUGGAGAGCCGCGGCCUCACGACGGCCUUGGCGCCUAGUGCGGGGGAACGGGCUGACCCGACGAGUGUCGUCACUGGUACGUCAAGCUACUCCCUUUUCGCUCGAUUCCUCUUCGAGUACCCCGGCAUCUCGCGCGAAGCGCUCAGUGCGAUCUUCGAGAAGGUCAACCAGAAGGACGGUGCUUCGCGCAUGCUGCUGCUAGAGUACCUUCACUGUUUCGACUACAAAGACGUACCCAUAGAUGUGGCGUUGCGCGAUACAACGUGCAAGUUCAUGUCGUGGGAACGACCAACAUUUGAGGCGAAGGUGUGGGAGACGAUCCAGGAGUGCUUCGGCAACGAGUAUGCAAACCAGAACCCUCACUCUAUCACAGCCCGCGACGCCGAUGCUAUGGCGGGCGUGUUGCUCUUUCUUCACUCCAACUUGCACAACGUGUUGAUGAAGAACGAACGAAUGCAGAUGUCGCAGUUCGUGCGAGACGCGAACGACUGUCUCGAGUUUCCUAUGAUGGUGGAGGACCUCCAAGCCAUAUUCAAUCGCGUCUUGCAAUGCAAGUGGGAGCUGGACACGUAUGGUCGCACACCGCAGGAGGCAGGGAGGGAGCAAACGCUGGUGCGACUGUCGACAAAGAUCAAGAUGGUGCGGGCAGCGCAGCAGAGACGGCAGAGCACCGCCAACAACAACACCUCCAUCACAAACUCUAAAGGGUCGACAGUGUCGAGGGGCUUGUCACCUGGUGGUGGUGGUGGUGCUGGUGCGGUCGCCACGGCGGCGACGACGAGCAAGGGUAGCUUAAUCGUUGACGCCGACCCGGAAGUUCUGUACGACGUGCUGCAGGGGACGGAGGAGAACGACGAUAACCUUAGGCACACCUUCUUUUCUGUCCCAGGGUCGACAGCUGCGAGGAUGAUUCCAAAGGCUGCGGCUGUACCGAGCCCAAGUGCGUCCCUAGACGGCCGGACGCUUCAGAUGUGGAGCAGCGACGAUAUGGCCCUGCUGGACAACACGAUCCCCGCCUACGCUGAGAUGAAGGACGGCCUAAAAACCAAGGAGCCGCAGCACCACGCAUUUCACGAGGCGGCUGCCGUAUACUUGCAGAAGCUUGAAUCGGUGCAUCGCGUGUACUGCAUCGAGGGUGGGGUGUAUCGUCCUCAGCCGUACAUUUCGCCCUAUUACGCCGAACACGUGCGACAGAUACUGCUGCUCACGUAUCCGCAUGUCAUGUCAUGCGUGUAUAUGGGGUUCCGUGUCCUCAAGGAGGCACCAAUUUCCCGCAAGCUGUUGGAUACGGUGCAGGUCACGUACGACAUUGCCGCCGCGUUUGUGUUGAACCUGCAUGACCUGCGUCCUGCGAUGGAGGAGGCGCUACAACGGUAUCUGGAUGAUAAGCGGGUGUAUCGGCUUCUGCCGCAGUCUCGCGCCACGUUCGUGCCGUUCUUUCUGAACGUGCUGUAG